AUGGCUGGCGGAGGCCCAGUCCCGGUCCCCGUCAAGGGCGACGAUCCCACCAUCCUGUGCAUGGAAGACAUCAAAGCCAUCGCCGACGCAAAGCUGCCAGAAGUGGCCAGAGACUUCUACAACUCGGGCUCAACCUACCAAACCACCAUCGCCGAGAACAGCUCUGCCUUCUCCAAGUACCGCCUGCGCUCGCGCGUCCUCGUCGACGUCUCCAGGCUGACCACGACAACCACCUGUUUUGGCCGGACGAUCAAAUUCCCCCUGUGCGUAUCACCAGCCGGGCUCCAGGCCAUGGCGCACCCGGACGGGGAAGUGGCGACGUCACGAGCGUGCGCGACAGCAGGCGUCAACAUGGGCAUCUCGAGCUUCUCGAACUACUCGGUCGAGGAGGUCGUCGGGGCGUCCGACGGCGGCGUCAACUUCGCCAUGCAGAUGUACACCAUGAAGGACCGCGCCCUGCAGGAGCGCAUCAUCAAGCACGCCGAGGCCGCGGGGUGCAAGGCCAUCCUGCUCACGGCCGACUCGCCCGUGCUGGGCGUGCGGUACAACGAGUGGCGCAACGACUUCCGCACCCCAGCCGGGCUCGGGUUCCCGGUCCUGGAGCUGACGAGCGAGACGAUCCGUCAGAACACCCACGACAGCGGCUUCAUGGCCUUCAACGACGAUUCGCACAACUGGGCCCGCGAGGUCGCGUGGCUGAGGGAGCGGACCAAGAUGCAGAUCUGGAUCAAGGGCGUCGUCACCGCUGAGGACACCGAGCUGGCCAUCCAGCACGGCUGCGACGGCGUCAUCGUCAGCAACCACGGCGGACGGCAGCUGGACGGCGUCCCCGCGACCAUCGAUGCGCUGGUCGAAUGCGUCGACGCCGCCCGCGGACGGAUCCCCAUUCACAUGGACGGGGGCAUCCGCAAGGGGACAGACAUUUUCAUCGCGCUCGCGCUCGGCGCCGCCUGCGUCUGGGUCGGCAGGCCCGCCAUCUGGGGCCUCGCGUACGGUGGACAGAGAGGCGUCGAGAAGAUGCUCGAGAUGCUGUACGAGGAUUUCCGCCGCUGCAUGGCCCUCUGUGGGUGCAACAGCGUCGACGAGAUUAAGAGGAGUUGUCUGAGCAGGAUGGGACUCGACGGCGUGUUGAGACGCAUGGAGUAG